CUGUUCUUAUACAGAAACAUUAUCCUGACUAUUAUUUUUUUUACUAUACUUAUUAUUAUUAAUAAUAAUAAAUAAAUACAAAGAAUAAUUCAUUUUAAAAAUAAAAUUAGAUUACUAAAUUAUUUGAAUAAAAUAAAAAAUAUUUUUCAAAUCUUUAUGUAACAAAUGAAUUUUACAUAAUUAUAAAUAAAAUAUAAUGGAGAAUCCAAUAAAUCAAGAAGAUACGGUUACAAAUAUUAAAGAACCAGUAAAAGCUGAAGAACCAGCAGCAUCUAAUUCUGGUGAAAGAAGUGACGGAACGAAUUCACCACCACCGAAUUGCAGUAUAUGCCUUGGAAAAUUAAUAAAUACAUCAUUUACUGAUAGUUGCUUGCAUCAAUUUUGUUUUACAUGUUUAUUGCAAUGGUCAAGAAUAAAAACAGAAUGCCCAUUAUGUAAACAAACAUUUAAAUCGAUAAUACACAAUGUUAGAUCUGAGGAGGAUUAUGAUCAGUAUCAUGUACCAAGAGAAGCAACUUUGUCAUCAACACAAGCCACUGCUUCUAUUGGAGUUACUUUGGCUUUAACGAAUGCUGCUUCUAUGAAUGCUGCUUUUCAACGUUUUGCGUACAGAACGACAAUGACACCAAAUCGACGUUUUGGACGCCAUGAUCCUAGACUUCAUCUCAAUACAUUUAAUCAAAUGCGUCAAUCAUCAGUAGCAUCAUCUCAAUUGCCAACUGUAACACCACAAGAACGACGACAACGUCGUAAUAUCUAUAGAACUGGAGAAUGGUCUGAUCCAGUACCAGAUGUUUAUUCACGUUUCCGUCAAUGUAGUGCUGAAUAUUACAGGAGAUAUCCUCAAGAAAUAAAUCGUUUAAUACCAUGGAUAAAUCGUGAUUUACAAACAAUAUUUAAUUCUGAUGAACCUCACAUUGCUUAUGUAUUGAGAGUUAUUACAGAUUUAUUAACACGAUACGAUAUGCGGAGUCCUGAAUUUCGUAAUUCGAUACGAACUUUUUUUGGUUUAGAGACAGAACAUUUUAUUCAUGAACUUAUGAAUUACGCUAGUACUGAUUUGAGUAUGGCUGCCUAUGAUGACACUAUUACUUAUUACAAUAGUUUCCCUCCUCAUGGUCUAGCGAGCACGACGUACUGGCAUCAUGUACAAUCACAAACGUCAAGUAGUACCAGUAGUACAAUAUCUGAUGAUUCUGAUAUACGAGUUGUCGAUCAUGUUGAACCUAGUGGUUUAGAAGUUCCAUCAGUGGGACCUCAUCUUAUAAGUAUGCCAGGUCCUAGUACUGUUAGUCAAGCAUUCCAACUUCAAACACCCGGAGGUCAUCCAUUUAUUCUUACGAUAACAUCGAGUUCAUCCGAAUCUGAGUGUGAAAUCGUAGGAUAUGUAAAACCACGUUCCGAAAGAACACCAGAAAUAAUAGAACUCGUGUCUUCGGGUGAAGAAGAAGUAGUAGCGGCUUCUAGUAAUGCAAUACCUGAAAUAGAAUCACCAAGUUCUUCAUCUUUAUCGCCAGUAAAUAAUCAACCGAGUACAUCUGAAUCAAGUAGAAGAUUAACUAAAACUAAAAAAUCAAAAACAACAAAUACACGACAACUUGAUCGAUUAACAUUAUCAUCAAGUAACAGUGAUAGCGAAAUUGAUGAUAGCCAAAUUAAAAAACGAAGUAGCCGACGUAAUACGAAGCAUUCAACUAAAAUAAUUAAACGAAGUACUCGUAAAUCAACCUCGAUUAAAGAUGACAGUGCAAGUAAAAAACGUAAUAAACAUAAUUACAGUUCAUCAGAUAGCCACAGUCACCGAGAAGCUAAAUGUCGUCGUACAUCAUUAAGUAAUUCACGAAAAAUUACAAGAGCUAAAAUAUAUUCAAGUAAUUCCGACGAUAAUGAUAAUGAUGAUGGUGAUAAAUCUAGUUCCCGUAGUGACGAUGAAUUCAAAUCAAUUGAUAAAAAUGAUGAUAAUAAAAUAACGUGUCGUGUUAGAGUACGUAAAGAUUUGAUAAAUGACAUUAAGAAAAAACAUAAAAGAAGAACAAAACGAAGUAGCAGUACCAGUAGUACUACCACCAGUAGUAGUUCUAGUGAAAGUGAUAGCAGUGAAAGUAGUUCAAGUACUACAUCAACAAGUUUAACUAGUUCUAAUAGUUAUAAAUAUAAAAUAAAUAAAUUACGUAAAAAAAAACGAUCAAAAGAUAAUAAACAUUUGUCAAAACAUAAAAUAAAUAAAACCGUGGCGGAUGAUUUGAAUGUUAGACAUAAAAAAUCACGAUCAAGAAGCAAAAGUAAAAGUAGAAGUCGAAGUAGAAGCAGAAGUCGAAGCGAAAGCAGAAGCAGAAGUAGAAGUAGAAGUAAAAGUAGAAAUAGAUCACGUGAAACACCAAGUGAUAAUAAUACUAAAGAACGUUAUUCAAUAAACGAAAAGUAUAGAGAACGUAAAGCUGCUAAAAUAGCCAACAAAAGAUUAAAAAAUAAACAAUUAUAUGCGAUGACUGAUUCACAGAAUGACGAAGAAUCUUACAGAUCUAAUAGCCAAUGCAGUACUCUAUCAGAUAGACAUAAAACAACUAAAUCAAAUGAUAAAAAACAUUUAAAAUCUGAUUCAAAUUCAAAAAAUAAAUUGCAUAAGACAAAAUCACAUAAAAAAGGCAGCAAAGGAGUAAGAAAACAAAAAAGAUUAAAGACCCGGGAUGAAGGUGAAAAACGUGUAAGAAGAAGAAUCACUUCAUCCUCAUCAUCCUCAUCGUUGUCCUCAUCUUCAUAAAAUACUUAUUGUAAUUGUGCAUAUAUAUAAGUGUUUUUUUUUUCCUUUCAUUACUUUGUUCGUAACAAAUUUUUUACAAUUAAAUUUUUUAAUUAUUAUUGCAUAAUGGUACAAACGAAAUUUAUAAUAUAACAUUGAGUUGUUAUAUUACUGCAAUUGUAUAAUUAUGUUUUGUAAUAUAAUAAUUGAAAA